CCUCGCGGUAAAAGUAUUUCGCGGGAGAAUAGCAAGCCAGUGUCAGGCAGCAAAGUGUCAACACGGACAAUAACAACGACUAAAAUAAUACUACAAUGAGUCUGUGGGUGGACAAAUACCGACCGACUUCUCUCGGGAAACUCGACUAUCACAAGGAGCAGGCGACUCAGCUGAAAAACCUGGUACAAUGUGGAGACUUUCCUCACCUGCUGGUCUACGGUCCGUCAGGCGCGGGGAAGAAGACCCGAAUCAUGUGUCUGCUGAGGGAGCUGUAUGGAGCCGGGGUGGAGAAGCUCCGCAUAGAGCACCAGACCAUAGUGGCCCCCUCAAAAAAGAAGAUCGAGAUUAACACAAUAGCCAGCAACUACCACUUGGAAGUUAACCCAAGUGAUGCUGGAAACCAGGAUCGUGUGGUGAUUCAGGAGCUGAUUAAAACAGUGGCUCAGUCUCAGCAGAUCCAGUCAAGCGCCCAGAGGGAGUUCAAAGUUGUUCUGCUUACAGAGGUGGACAGACUCACAAAGGAUGCCCAGCAUGCUUUGCGCCGCACAAUGGAGAAGUACAUGUCAACUUGCCGCCUAAUCCUCUGCUCUACCUCCACCUCCAAAGUCAUUGGACCAAUCAGGAGCCGUUGCUUGGCUGUGAGAGUCCCUCUGCCGAGCACAGAAGAAGUCUGCAGCGUUCUGACGUCAGUCUGUAAAAAGGAGGGUCUGCUCCUCCCUCCUGAACUGGCCAAGCAAAUCUCUGAGAAGUCUGGUCGUAACCUCCGCAAAGCUCUGUUGAUGUGUGAGGCCUGCAGAGUGCAGCAGUAUCCGUUCUCAGCAGACCAGGAUGUCCCUGAGACGGACUGGGAGGUGUAUGUCAGAGAAACAGCUAAUGCCAUCGUCAGCCAGCAGAGCCCACAGAGGCUGUUGGAAGUCCGAGCAAGGCUGUACGAGCUGCUGACUCACUGCAUCCCCCCUGACAUCAUUAUGAAGGGUCUGGUGAAAGAGUUGCUGAGAAACUGCGAUGGGCAGCUGAAGACAGAGGUGUCUCACAUGGCAGCCUACUACGAACACAGACUACAGCUCGGCAGCAAAGCUAUUUACCACUUGGAGGCUUUUGUCGCCAAGUUCAUGGCCGUCUACAAGAAGUUCAUGGAGGACGGUCUGGAUGCCAUGAUGUUUUGAUUCUGGAUUGACUGAUACACAUACUUUUUCUGACAGCUGUUCAGAAGCCCCCUCUCAUUGAAAUCUCACUCUUUUGGUCCCGACUAGCCUCUCAGCAGACUGCAUACAGAUUUGAAUGUUUAUUAUGUAAGGCACUGAGGUCAUGUUGGUGCAGCAAAACAUAGAUUGACUCAAUUACAUUGCCGUUUGUUGUUUUAAAAUUUAUGGAUUGUUACCCAAAACUGUAGCACUAUUCAGAAAUGUCAACUUUCACUAUAGUGGUGUAAAUCCAAACAUAGCAAGUUUGGUGUUAGCAAGCAAUGAUUUGUAUCAAGAACAUGUUUUCCUUAACUUUACUGUACAUCAGAACAUUAAAUAAAAUUCGUCUGGUGUUCCUGCAAGAA